AUGGGGAAGUAUCUGGAAAUUUUGGAUGUUGGGGUGAGAAUUGCAGCAAGAUUUCAUUCUCACUGUCCUCAAACGGCACGGUUGUACUACCACCCUCCGGCUAACCACGAUGACAACCACCAGCAGCAGGACGGCCCACAUGGCGGCUUCUUUGGUGGCAAAGCCGCCGGUGACGUAUCCGGUAGGGUUGGUGGUUUUGGGUCCAAAAAG